GUUAUCAUCUCACCAAGCAAUAGCACUAUAUUUGAUAUUAGAAAAAUCCAAAGGCAUUCGUAGUCCUUGGUACGAGUAUAUAAAAGUGCUCCCAGAGAGAUUUGACAUUAUUACUUCGAACAUGAUUGAUUUUUUGCCGGGAAAUGUUAGAGUUGAUUUAGAAAGACAGAAAGAAAAGUUUGAAAGAGAUUAUGCUGCGAUUAAACAGCUUCAGGCUACUUCCAACGCGUAUGGUCCAAUUUCCAGUAGCGAGUUCUUAUGGGGAUGGCUAUGUGUAAACACGCGUUGCAUAUAUUUCAAAGCGUCGAACAGCCAAUUCUCUUUUUCUUCGGAUGAAAACAUUGCAAUAGCUCCGAUGUUAGAUUUUCUCAACCAUUCUAGUAGUGUCAAAAUUAUGGGAGAGUUCAAUCAACAAACUAAGUGUUAUCAAAUUACGACAAUGACAACCAUCAAGAAGGGUGAAGAGGUUUUCAUAAACUAUGGACCGCAUGAUAACUUUAGACUGUUGAUCGAAUACGGGUUUACAAUUCCCAAUAAUUCGUUCAAUUAUGUCUCAAUGGACGAAGAAUUCCUUUCUCUCUCACUACCUGACGAAGAUGACGCUGCCAAACAGUACAAGUUAAAAAUACUAACACAAACCGGAUUUAUGGGCGAUUACACUCUACGUGAAAAAGAAAUCUCUUUUCGUCUGUUGACGGCUCUUCGCUUACGCGUCUUACAUCCAUUCAUCCCUUCAUCAGCACAUGCACAGUCGCUCAUCGCCUGCUGGAAGGAUACACUAAUAGGACGACUUGAUAAGAUAAGUGAAGAGAACGACCAGCUGGUAUUUGAUUAUUUGGAAAGAAUGUGUCAGACAGCGUUAAACAAAGCUGAUAUAAUUAUGAAUAAUCUGUCCAGAGAAAUGAACCGAAAUGGGGCAUUCCAUAUAUACCAGAUAUGGGACGAUUCUGUGAACAUAUUAAAAUCGAUAGUUGACCUUUGUCAAUGUUCGUAA